AGAAAUUGUUGUUUUGUAAGAGGGGAUCAAAUUUCAUAUUUUAAAAAAAUUUAUAGGCCCUCGUUACAAAAUUUCCUAUCAUGAACCCCUCUAUCUGAACAAGAUUUUGUUGGCAUAUGCGCAUCUCAAGCAAAGGAUCAUCCAACAUUCAUAGUCGGGACAAGGAAGUUUCAUGAAUAAUGUAGCGAACCAUUCUGAUUUUGACACAACUCCAUCAUCCUUCUCCAUCCCCAAGCUUUUCUUUAAUUUCAUUUCAAAACCUUUCACAAUUCAGAACGAAGGGGCUUUACAUUGGAAUCGUCUUGAGAACUGGAUUCUUCGCAAAGUAUAAUCUGUGGGAAGCUUAAGCUUCAAAGCUAUGGGAAGAUUGUUCGUGGUGAAUCUCGAAGGGCAGAUCUAUAGCUGCAAGUACUGCCGGACCCAUCUUGCCCUUUACGACGAUAUCAUUUCCAAGGAACCUAGAACAAAAGGGGGUUUGUCCUUCCACAGCAGGCAUGGGAAAGCUUAUCUCUUCAAUAAGGUGGUAAAUGUCUGCUUGGGCAAGAUAGAAGAGAGAUUGAUGAUGACAGGGAUGCAUACAGUUGCUGAUAUCUUCUGUGUGGGUUGUGGAUCAAUAGUGGGAUGGAAAUAUGAGACUGCCCAUGAAAAGAAUCAAAAGUACAAGGAGGGAAAAUCUGUACUUGAGAGGUUCAAGGUUUUGGGACCUGAUGAAAACAGUCACCGGGUCAGUCAUGAAGCAGAUGCUGGUGGAAGUGGAGAUGAUGUUUGAUUUCUGUAUUUACUCAAUUGUAAAUUCUGUAAAACCUAAAAAAUCUUAUAGUUUGAACUUGAAUUCUAAAGAUGGUGAUACUUCUACUUCAUUUCUCCCACCUACAAAUCCUUGAUGCUUCAUGUUGGGAUGAGAAUUGAACAGUAAUUCUUGUAUCUCCUAAGGUAAGUAAUGUAAUAUUAAUACUCUGUAGAAUACAAGAUUGUGAAGGUUGUUGUCAA